AUGGACAUGCAUGAAAACCGUUUGGAAGGGAGACUGAAGAUUCAUAAAAUUGCCCCUUGGGUCAUCCUUGCGGUAUAUAUUGUUGAGGGACGCCACGCUAUGCUUCGCAUUUCUCUGUGUCAUCAACGUCUAAUCAACGUCAUUGGGAUUGCGACGGGUUGCUUGACCGAGGUAUGGGACGCACUUAAUACUUGGGCAGCAAUUCUCACUUCGGUGUUACUGUCUCGGCUAGCGCUUGACCUCCGCGAAGCCUCUGCAGCUGGGCUCGAGAGCGAAGGGACAGUCUCUCACGCGCCAUGUGAUCUAGAUUUUGCCCAUGAAGAGGAUGUUAUAGAGACCUCGAUGGGUGAGCAUGAAAGCAUGGUGACCGAAUCGUCGAGCUUCGCACAGAAUGUCGCACCACUCAGUACCAAGUGACGGGUUCGAUCAAAUGAAAGAGGAAAGCAUCAACUGCAGACUGCAUGGAUGUCCCAAACAUGUUCAUUCCACCCAAGAGGGAGCGGCCCUUGCCUGUAUAGCUCCACGGAAAAUGUUCCAACCAUCUUCAUUUUCUCAUUCGUCAAGUAUAGAAAUCUUUGAGCUCGCGAGUACGCUACGAAUAAAAGUCUCCUAAGAUUCAAGAAGUUGAUGAGCAUCAAAGACAGUCUUCAACGCGGGAAAGAGGGCGCGGGAGGGUGGAUGAUGAAACGCACAGCGCAGCCAAGUCCACAAUCUAUCAUUGUUCUGUGUUCAUUAACGUUACUGUGGCAGCAUAAAGGGGGUACAGCAUCAUCCGGCUCAUCUUCUUUGUUGGCGCCACAGCCUCCGCUG